AUGCGCCCGAGCCUUGUGUGGUAUCUUGUCAGCAUCACUCUCGCCUCUGCCAAGACCCGUGACUCUGCCUGCGGUCGCAUUCGCCGAGAUGACUGGGCGCAGUGCGUGGCAACAACAAAAAUACGCGACACCGAAGCACGCCCGAAGAAUACAGUCGCGGGUGAAGGCACACUCAAUACACUGGACAACCGCACGCAGCCGAGAAGAGCAAGCGGACCGAACACGGACGCCUCCAGCGCUGGUCGCAUCAUCACCACGACAACGACAACCACCACCGCCGACACCAAUACCAACACCAACACCACAUCGCCCUCAUCAUCUACCGUCAAUCCCGCAACGUCCGUCGAUCCACCUGCUGCUGCUGUUUCCUCCACUUCAUCAGCGUCGACGCAGAACAUAAACGCGUCCACCAUGUCUGGCGCACAAUACCAUGAGAUGAGCUGGGUGCAACCCAUCGAUAUUGACGACGAGGACCUCACAUUCGGCGGCAAGUCCCUGAGCGAGUGGCACGAGGAAGACCGUCGCCGCUUCAGCAGUGCCAGCUCAUGCGCGUCGUCGCAUCACUACGCCCACUCCACAUCCUCACAAGACGAGGAGGAGGAGAGGAGAGGUCGUGAACGUGUCAGGAGAAGCCACCACAACGGGAAGAAGAAGGCACAAUGA